AUGGGUGAUUGGUGUGACAAAGGCAGCUUAAAAUUGUCUUCAGAAUUUUCUACUGUAAUGAGAGUAUCAUCAGAAGGCUCUCUCUUAAUUUCAAAAGUCGAUUCUGCGAUGAGGGGUGCCUAUACCUGUGAAGCUGAUAAUGGAAUUGGUAAAACUCUGAAGAAGUCUAUUUAUGUUCAUGUUAAAGCAUCAGCUAUGGGUGGAGAAGCUCCAGUUGUAGUCGAUUUUACUUUUCCAUCGGCUUUAAAGGAAGGGGAAAGAGGAAGCGCAGUUUGUACUAUAAGAUCUGGUGACAGACCCCUACAAUUUCAAUGGAAGAAAGCAGGAAGGGAUAUUUCUCAAGACCCUAAUAUCGAAAUACAAUCUGUGAAAGAUUCUUCUUUCUUGAUUAUUGAAUCAGUUACAGCCCAAAAUGCUGGUAAUUAUACUUGCAUCGUCACUAAUUCCUAUGGGACUGAUAAAUAUACUGCGACUUUGACUGUCACAGCUCCCCCAGAAUGGAUAAUAGAACCCACAGACAUUUACACGCAAGAAGGGGAAAGUUUAAGCAUAAAGUGCAAACAAUCCGGAGUUCCUGUUCCAACUAUUAAAUGGAUAGCAGUUGAGUAUAAGAGUGAUGAAACUGGUCAAAUCGUAUCUUCUGAUUCAUCUGCAUCUUUACGAGUUUCAUCGGAUGGAUCGCUUGUUUUUUCAAAAGUAGAAGCAUAUAUGCAUGGUUCCUACACUUGUGAAGGUGACAAUGGUUUCGGUAAACCACUGAAAAAGACAAUAAUGCUUUUCGUUCGUGUGUUUCUGUUUUUGCAUGCUGGACUGUAUUUCUCAUCUGCUCAUUGUCAUUAA